AGGUCUGGGCAUAACAUAAGAGAGCACAGCAUGAGGAAAAGGACUUUGUACCCCUGCAUGGACUAAAAGAAAAGGGCGAAGGGACCCAGUGGAAUGGGAUCCAUCAGCAUGGAGUCUUUAACUUACUCGGCACAAUUCUAUCGGGAGUACCACAAUAACAACAUAAUUUCCCUGCACUACAACUACACUGGGAAGCUCCAGGGCAGCAAGUAUAAGGGCAGCCUCAAGGCAGAUGCUAUUGUCUUCCUGGUGGUGUGUGCGUUCAUUGUGGUUGAAAACUUAGUGGUCCUGUUGGCCAUCUGGAGGAACAAGAAGUUCCACUCGCCUAUGUACUACCUGAUUGGAAAUCUCACCCUCUCGGACCUGCUGGCUGGAGUGGCCUACACAGCCAAUAUCAUCAUGUCUGGACCCAAUACCCUCAAGCUGACCCCAGUCCAGUGGUUUCUGAGAGAAGGUGGUGUCUUUGUCACACUGGCGGCAUCUGUCCUAAGCCUGCUCGCCAUUGCCAUUGAGCGGCACAUCACCAUGGUCCGCAUGAGACUUUACCAGGGGGACAAGAAAGGGCGGAUGUUCUUGUUGGUGGGAGCUAGCUGGCUGGCCUCUAUUUUGCUCGGGGUGCUGCCCAUCCUGGGCUGGAACUGCAUCGAAAACCUUCCCGAGUGCUCAACGGUGCUGCCCCUCUACUCCAAGCAUUAUGUCCUCUUCUGCAUCACCAUCUUUCUUGUGAUCCUGAUUUCCAUUGUAGUGCUUUACGCCCGCAUCUACCGCAUGGUCAAGUUCAAUGGGCAGCGCCUGGGCAGCCUCCGGAAGGGCAUGCUCAAGAAAUCCCAGAAGUACAUGGCCCUGCUGAAGACUGUCACCAUUGUGGUGGGCACUUUCAUUGCCUGCUGGCUCCCUCUCUUCCUUCUGCUGCUGCUGGAUGUUGCAUGCCAGGCACAGGCCUGCAGCUUGCUGUAUAAAGCAGACUAUUUCCUGGGCCUGGCUAUGAUCAACUCCCUUCUCAAUCCCAUCAUAUACACUCUGACCAGCAAGGACAUGAGAAGAGCCAUUUUCAAGUUGCUCUGCUGCCUCCUGGCGGUUACUCCUGGAACGGAGGAUAGACAAGCCAAGCGCUUCGGUUUUCCAAUUCUGGAAGGCAGCACCAGUAAAUCGGAGCGCUCUUCCCACCAGCAUGAGGGGCUUAAUACUAGCCUGUCAAUUGGAAAUGGCACCCCUGCAGCCAUCAAAGCACUGGUGCUCAAAGCCACCCACUGAAAUCCUUUGUCUGCCCUGCACAUCGGCACUGGGACAUGGGCAGCCAAGAAAUCAGUGGAAGUAUGAGUGAAAGUACGAGUCCCACUUUGGUUGGGAGUCAAGGACUUUGGGAAAUGCGAGUAGCAAAUCCUGAAGGAGGCCAAGAUGGGGCUGGCGUGGAGAUGGUGGAGAAACUGUGGAAUAGACAGGCAACCCAGGCAGAAUUCAAAAGAUGGCCAGGCAGCCAAGGAGUAAUUGGCUGUUGCUCAGGCAAGGACUUCGACCUGACCCAGAAGCAUUUACUAUAUGCCCCCUGUAUCAGCAAGGAUAUGUUCCUGAACUUGCCAUGCGAACAGGAAACCAUAGAUAAUAGUGAUCUGUUUUUGAAAUUUAUGACUUCUGACAGAAAUUACCACAACGUUGCCCUUAAGGACCUAGGAAAUUCCUAGAGAGGUUUCCUCUCUAGGAGUUUGCUAAGUCCUCCAGCAUGACUCUGUGGUAUCUUCUGAUGGAAGCAUGCCAUAGAAUUGCCUGGAUGACCUAAAAAUAGGUUAUGCAGGAUUAUUUGACAAUCUAGGAAGAAAGUAUCUCUCCAGGCUCAUUCAAUAGUCCACCUGUCCAGUCUUUCUGAACACCAGAUGUGCAAAACCAGAGGGUUGUAAAGCAUAGGUCCUUGCUGACAUUAGCUGGCCAGGCAGUGCCCGGGAGAAUGAUGAAAAUAAGAUGGGUGGAAGGUACUAACCUUAGGACCUCAUCCCAUAAGUGGAGGGAAAGCAGGGGAAAGUGGUGGGAGCAGUCUUACUUCAUUUCCUCCCAUCUUUUCUUGUUUUGUGGGAUGGCCAGCCAUCCCACAUCCUUACUGUGUUGAUCUUUCUCCAUCUAUCUGCCAUUUGGAGUUGGGUAACACUCAUCUCCUGAAGAUGACUUCUAGGCUCUGUUUCCAUGCUCUAUGGAAACGGAGCUCCAUGGAGUCCCACAGGAAGUGACCUUAUGUCAUGUGAUGGCCUCCAUGGGGCUUCUUCCACAGAGCAUGGAAAUAGAGCCUGAAAGCCACGGGAUGAAGUCCAUAGAGACCUUCAGCAGCAUAUCUCAAACUUCACUUCUGUCUCCACGGAAUCACAUGGGCAACUACAGUCCUCCUUCAUUCAGGCCUAGUCCUUAAUAACAAUGCUAUAAAAGAGUGGUUGAGAGGUUAUUUCAGUCCAUUGCACUCACCCAAGGGCCUGAAACCCUGCCAGAGUGAACCCCAGCCAACACAACACAACUUGUUUCUGUAAGUCCAGACACAGUUUAAUUGUCCCUAGUGUAAAUAUAAAAUUAUGUCCUUGUGUUUGGCUCAUUCUAAUGUGCAUUCAGGUAUGGUUUCAGGACAUAAACAGGUUUUGUUGCCUUGUUAGGUGACCUACUCCAGCAGCUGAAUAAGGAGGUAUAUCCCUGUUGGUUUGCUGGACUUCUCCAUGAUAUUCAGUAACAUCAGUCAUAUUUUUCUGGGAUGUUUAGCUAAAAUGAGAAUUGGAGCUGUGCUUCCAGCUCUGCAAUGGGCAGAUAAUACCAGAAGCUGGAACUGGGGAACUGGAACUGUUUUGCCUUUUGGGGGUCGCAUGUGGCCUCUAGAUGCACUUUGCUUACACUGGCAAAUUGUAUCAGAAUUGACCUGGUUUCUUACUUUGACAUCAGAGCUGACAACAUGCAGCCUGAGGGCCACUUGUAAUCCUUAAGAUUGGUUUUCGGCCCUUCAGCCCUUCAACACCACUCUUUUCUGAUACCACCAAAGGAAGCUUGUCGGGGGUGGAGACUCCAUUCCCUACACUAUUCAGCAUCCUCCACCCUGCCCCAUACCCAUAACGUAUUUUCAAAAUCAGAAGUGGAUUUCUUGCUACUUCCAAUUUUAUUUUAAUUUUUUUUGGCUGCUGUAGUUAGUAGCUAAUCCCAGAUUUAAAUGAAGGAGAGAGCACCACUGAGCUGAUAAUCGCUGACUGAACCUUUCCCACGCUAGAAUGCUAGGGAUGCUGUGGAAGAUGCGCUGACAAAUAUGAUAAACAAAUAAGACUUUGAACCAGAGAAGACAGAAAAGUCAACCAGGAAUUGGGGUUGUAAUUUAGACCCAUUCUACACUGCCCUAUAUCCCAGGAUCUGUUCCCAGAUUAUCUGGUUUAAACUGGAUUAUAUGAGUCUCCACUGCCAAAUAAUCUGGGAUAAGCAGAUAAUCUGGGAUCAGAUCCAGGGAUAAUAGGGCAGUGUGGAAGGAGUCUUAGUCUGAAUGUGAUUACAUUCUCUCUCUGAAGGACCGGGUUUACAGUUUGGGAAUGUCUUGGACUCCGAUCUAUUCCUAGAGAGCCAUAUGCAUGUUGUGGCUUGGUGCGCAUUGGCUCAGCUAUGCUUCUUCCUCAAGAAGGUGGAUUUGGCCACAACAGUCCUUUCUAUUACAGUACUGUCCUGUGCUCUCAGUGGGGCUGACCUUUAAGAGUUUGGAAGAGACAGCCAGUGCAACAUGCAGUAAGCACACUGCUGUGUCUUGUGUGCUGUGAGCAUCCAUCACUAGUCCAAACUGGCUGUGCUGCCUUGUUUUCAAGAUCAGUUUAAAGAGUUGCUUCUGAACUGGUAAAUAGCUUGAGACCAGGAUACCUUAAGGGCUGUAUUUUCCCAUGUGAGUCUGCCCACAUUCUUUUCAAACCAGAACUUCUUGCAUGUCCCAGCACCCAUAUUGACAAAUAAACAAGAAAAGACUUUUCCUAGGGCAGCACUCCAUUGUGCACCACCCUCCCAGCCAUCCCUAUGGGAAGUCAGGCUGGCUAUGUUCUUGUUAGGCUUCUGAAGGUUGUCAGAAAGCUUGUGAUUGGGUUAGGCCACCAACUUUGAAAAUGUUCUUUACUUUUUUUUAACUGUCAUUGCUAUCAUUUUUAUAUUGUGUUUUUACAUUGUACAUUGCUGUGGAAGCCUCAGUGGGCACAAGAGUCAUUUAUAAAUAUUUCUAAUAAAUAAAUAUGAUGCUA